AUGACAUUGAAAACUGAGGUGAAAAGACUAAUGCAAAGCGGUAUUUUGUCUUUUGAAGACUCUGGUCCUAAUGUGCAAGCCAAUCCAUUGCCUAAACAUGGUGGUGCAACUGUGAAUAUGGUUGAGGAAUAUCCUGGAAAGUACCAUGUCUUUGAUGUCAAUAUGAUUAAAAGAUCCUUGGUCGAGAUACAUGCAACUUUGUGUGAGCAGAGUCAUUACGAGCACGAUCAUGUUUCUUGUCGUAUCAGUUCAAGAAACCCUCGAGGGUGUGCUAUGGUAAAGAGAGGUUUACAAGGGAUGCUAGAUGAAAAUCUUAUUCAGAUUACCAGAGAUAGAGAUGAAUAUGAGUAUGGUGUGAAUGUCAUAGUCCCCCAUUUCAAUAUCCCUGAACCAGUUGUGAUUGCCUACAAUAGUCAAAAGCAUGUCAUUUCUCCUCUGGUUAUUCGCCUGGCGGGUCCUACACCCUAUGAAUCUGACAGAGUUGUUCCUUACAAAUACAAUACUACAAUGUUGGAAUAUGGAAAGGGAGUUCCCGUCCAUUUUCUUUCUUCUGUUGUGAAUAUUGAUGAUAAAUCUGAUCAUAAUGAAGUACUGAAGUUGAUUAAGAGAAGAGAAUAUAACUUGGUUGAUCAAUUAUUGCACACCUCGUCCAAAAUAUCUGUGUUAUCUUUGCUGAUGAAUUUAGAAGCCCACAGAGAGGCUUUGCAGAAGGUCUUGGAGCAAGCCUAUGUAGAUCAUGAUGUAAAUAUUGGUCAAUUCGAUGGCAUUGUAGCCAACAUUACUGCAUGUAACAACCUAAGCUUUAGUGAUGAAGAAUUUCUUGAGCAAGGGAGGAACCAUAAUUUGGAUUUGCAUAUUUCCAUGAAUUGCCAAGAAGAUGUUUUGUCCAAUGUGCUGGUUGACACCGGCUCUUCUCUGAAUGUUAUGCCAAAGUCUACUCUGUCCAAGCUCUCUUAUCAGGGUUCUCCGAUGAGGUAUAGUGGGGUUGUUAUGAAAGCCUUUGAUGGCUCGAGGAAAACUGUGAUUGGAGAAGUUAAUCUCCCGUUAAAGAUAAGUCCAUGCUCAUUUCACAUUACGUUUCAAGUGAUAGACAUUCAUCCCGCCUAUAGUUGUCUCCUAGGUCAUCCAUGGAUUCACGAAGCUGGGGCAGUGACGUCAACCCUCCAUCAGAAGUUAAAAUCUGUGAAAAACGGAAAGUUAGUGAUUGUGGGUGGAGAACAGGCCAUGUUGGUUAUAUCACAAUUCUUGGUUGGCUCAAGGAAAGGCAAUGAUAUGCAGUAG